AUGUCCUAUCUUCAACACCAUGACCACCAGAGCCGUUUGGUUCCCGAUUUAGUUUGGUGUCCCACCUUUGAAAAUGCCGCCCAGACUAAUGUCUAUCCUGGUUUGCCCAUUUCGCCCAUCUUCCCGGGCGAACUUGGAAACGAAAGGCCUCCCGCCGGACAGAUGGUCUCUGGCCCGACCCGCCAUUCUUCGGACGCCCUCUUGAUUUCCGGCCACGAGGCGUUCCGUCUUCAGUCGACCGGUUGCCUUGCCUUCGACGGUGGCUGCGUCGGCAAGCUCGCAGGCGAUGAGCCCAGCGAGAGGAAGGAUGGGGAGAACAAUGACGACGAUAAUGAUGGUUAUGAUGGAGAAGGUGAAGAGAAUGACGAUGAAGAUGAAGAUGAAGAGGAAGAGGAAGAGGAAGACGAGGACGAGGACGAGGAGGAUGAGAAUGAAGAUGGGGAUGUAGGUGUAGGCGAGCAUGAGGGUGGAGUUGAAAAAGUUCGAGUCGAGCGAGAAGAGGGAGAGAAAAGAGGGGAAGAAGAAGGGUUGGGAGUAGAAGAGAAAAAGGUAGGUGGAUUCGGAGUCGCCUGCAUGGCGGAGAAGAGACCUUCCAGGCUUUCGGCGUCAUCUUCGCCUCCUUUUCACGAUCCAUUUCAGGUCGAUCUGUCAAACUAUCCGAGGCUACAAACGGUUGAUCAGUUCGCCGGUGCUGUUCGUCUUGCCUCGGCUCCGCCGACCGACUGGGCCAAGCAGAGCUCGGUCCUGACGGGCGAGGCCCAGACAGCAGAGGCUGGACGGCACUUUUGUCCAAGCACCGACCCACAGGCCCAUUGGUCGAGGCCCGUGCUUCAGGCGUCACAAUCGGCCAACGUGUAUCUCGCCGAGACGAUCUCGCAUCGCCGAGUCCGGCGCGAGUUUGUCCAUUCGGGGCCCGCCUUGUCGGGCCGACACGAGCAAUGCAUGAAGCAGCAGCAGUCACAGCAGCAGCAGCAAUUGCUGCAAUAUUUGCAUCCUGCCUAUGCGCACCAAGUGGCCACGUACCAGUUGGCAAUGAAACGAGAGGAGGAGGAAAACACUGAGAACCAGUCCGAGCUGGAGGCGCUUCUGCUGCGUCACCAGGACUCGGAGAAGGCCGUCUGCUACGACCCGUCCGCCUGGUUGUCGACGUGUCACGCGGCGAUCGAGUCGCUGCCGUACGACCUGGAUCGUCCGGCGCCCAGGACCAGGCUGUCCGAGUCGUGUCAUCAGAUCGGCUGCCCCAUCGACUGCUGGCCCGAGCCCGGGCCGGGCUCGAUCUCGGGCCCGGGUCACACCGGCGGCGGCCGGACUGUGGGCAGACCGGCUCCGACGCCCGGAAACGGGCAGUCGGGCCGGGCCCGGCAGACGGGCGGUCUCGUCUCCGGCUGGGAGCUCUGCUCGCCCGGCAGCCUGGGCUCGUCCACCUGCUCCAGCCUCUCGAUGCAGACGAGUCCGCCGCUGUGGGAAGCCUCGGCCGGCGAAAUGGGCCCCGGGCUCCAGGACGCCGGCGGGCCCGUCGGCGGCUCCGAGGGCAGAAGAGCCCCGCCCUGUCAACACAUGUCGACCCCGACGCGACCACACUCGGGGCCCGGGGACGGGCCGAAAGCCCUCUAUCGCACGGAGCCGGUGAGCAUGUGUCCUCUGCCUGCGCCGAGCUCCGGCGCUGGUGUUGCCGGGGAACCCGGCGCGAGGGACGAGGCCGCAGCGAUAACCCGCAUGACUCGCAUCGGGACUGUGCAGUUCUACGAGUCCAUGACGUUCGGCCACGCCUCCGAGCCCGGCGUCGGCGGUGCCGGCCGACGGGCCGACCUACCGCCCGCGCCGCAUCUCCACCUCCCCCACACCUACGAGGCGCCCUACCAACCCUGGCCCGCGACCCCCGCCACCCCGACGCCACCGACGAUGCCACCGAUGCCCGGAUUGAGGCUGCCGCACGACCAGUUCCGCAAUCCCUCCUCCGGGCCCGCAGCUUUCGGUCACGCUUGUCCCAACCAAGUCGAGGCAGACUCACACGUCCGACUCGGCCCUGGCCCGAGUCCCGCCUCCAUCUACCGCUGGCCGGCCGGCGGCCACGAACACACGUUCACGGGACACCCCCCGGCCACCGCCGCGCUCGCCGAAGGCCCUCGGCUGGCCGUCUUUCCGCUCGUCAGCUACGCCGACCCGCAGGCCCAGGCGCAGUCGGGCACUCGACCCGACGACCAUCGGUACCAUCCCUGCGCCCGGCUCAGUCUGCCCGUGGCCACGCCGGCGCCUCGGACGGCCGGCCGGGCUCGGACCGAGCGCGCUGUGGCCAGACGCGACCGCGCCUGCCCGCAGUCGGUCGUGUCGCGAGCCCACGCCUCGACGCCUCCCCAUCUCGCGAGCGCACCCGCCUCGGGGGCGCCCGGGCACGCAGAAGCUACGUCGAGCCCCCUGCGAAGAAGCUACAACCCGUCGGAGGCGUCGAACGAACCGCCGACAGCCUCCAAGUCCAAGCGCCGGUGUUCUGGGGCCGCCUUCCUCACGACCGGCGUACACCAGUUCACUCACGUCGACUCGGAAGAUAGGCCAUUUCACUGUCAAUUUCCUGGUAAGUCCAAAAUCACCUCAUCCAUUUGCUUCGCUUUUGCCGUCGCGACCAGACGUCGAUUCUUCCAAACUGUGACCGCCACACUUAAAUGGCUAGGCCUCAUGAUGUGA